AUGGGAAACACUACUGGCCGCGGUAAUGCGGUUACACCUAUAAUUAGCAUUGAAGAUGCGAAAUCGUAUAUUUCUCCCGAAGAAUAUCGCCGCAUAAGUCUCGCAUUUUCCAGAUUUAAGAACGGGCACAUCAAUUAUGAGGAAUUUUGCUAUCACGUCCUCGGUGGGGCCGAUAUACCUGAUACCAUCCGACGACGACUUUUUUCGUUUUUCUCACAAGGUGCAGAAACAAUCUCAUUCGACAAUCUUCUUUCAUCAUUAGUCGGUUUAUGCCGGGUCGAGGAAGUUCAAACAAAAUUUAUCGAAGAAUAUAAAGAAUUUUCUUCUUGGGGUCUUCGACCUCCAAUGUUGACAAUCCCUUUAAACGAUUCCUACAUAUCUUUUUAUGAAGUUAUGUCGUAUGUAACGCAUUUGUCUGUGAAUGAAGUAAUUGAACUCGAAAAAGUGUUUGCAACGAUUUCGGAUCGAAUUGUGUGCAAAUUGACCGCCGAAAAAUGGCAAAUGGCUCUUGGAAACUGCUUCCCUGCCGAUUUCACGGAGAGACUAUUUCGAGUUUUCGACGAAAACAAGGAUGGCCAAAUCGAUUUUCGAGAACUCGUAUGCACUUUGUCCGCACUUUGCAGAGGGCCAUUACCUGGUCGAAUAAACCAUCUCGCUCUUUUUUGGGACACGGACAAUGAUAAGAUGCUCAAUGAUGAAGAAUUAGCGCAAAUGUAUCGCGAUCUAAAUGUACCACUCGAAGAUCAAACAGUUUCAAAGAGUGCAGACGGUAAAGCUGCUCAAGUCGACUUUGGAAUAUGGGCUCAAGAAAAAGGGCAAUAUGUUGAGGAAUACUACAACAUGGCUCAACAAAUUGGGCAUAUUUGUCUCGGGCUGAGACCGGAAAAUAGAAAACUUGAAUUGGAGCUCGUUACAAAAUUUGAGGAACGUACUACGAACCUCCCAUUAUCCGAGUGGAAUAUUCUCGCUUCCUCUUGGCAUAAUGAAUUCCUCAAUCUGCUUGAUGCUGACAAACCACCAACUCCUAUCGACAAUUCCAGCAUCAAAGGAAAUAGGGAAGAGAGUUGGAUGAAUAAGGUGGCCUGCAUAUCAUCAGAAUCGGCGCGUCUUCGAUCCGACCUUCAACCUUCCGAUUAUAUUCCAAUUCCCGUUCCAUUGUGGAAAGCGUUGCUUAGAUGGCAUGGAUGCGCAUUGGCGGUUGAUAGUCAAUUCACCCGAAGAUAUUUGCCUGGCGACUAUUUCGAGGAUGGAAAACCUGGGCUAGAAUUGUACCCAAUGGAGCUGCUACUUCUCGGACAUGAUAAGAAACGUUCGAGUGUCGAUGAAAACGAUAAUGCGCCGAAACCUCUAAAGCCAUGGGCUUGUGCGCAGGUUUCCUUGAAUAUGACCGUUGAUGAGCUCUUGUCGUUGUGUCGAACAGAGCUUCGCCUUGGUGAUGGCGACGCGCGUCUUUGGCAAGUGCUAAAGGAUGUCGAAAACGGUAGCUUACUCCUUGACGAUGGCUCACAAACGUUGCAUCAAUUGCACAUGGCGCAAGGAAAAGGAAAAAAGGCGAACAAGAUGAAGUUGCUGUUAGAAGUGCGCGAAAAAGGGACUGGAGUAUGGCUCGAAGAAUUGCGCGCAUCCAUGGCCGGAAAACAGAUAACCGCCGCUUCAACCCUUUCUUCUUCAACUGAAACCUCAAGUCGUCCUGGAGCUGUUGGUCUCGUAAAUUACGGAAAUUUCUGCUACCGUAAUGCCGCCGUUCAGUGUCUUGCACGAGUCGCUCCUCUAACCCAAUACUUUUUAAAUGAUCACAACUUGGAAAUGAUGAAAAAAGCAAGUUUGAAGAAAAAAGGCUCGACUGAAACGGCCAUCGAGUACGCGAAAUUGCUCAAGGAAAUGUGGACAACUAAUAAGAAAAAUAUUGCUCCAAAUGAUUUUAACGACGCUAUUCGAAUUAAUAGUGAUUUGUUUGAUUGUAACGAACAACAUGAUUGUCAAGAAUUUCUGGCGUACCUUCUCGAACAGCUCCAUAAUGCAAUUGUUGAAGUCAGAAUGAGUGAGGAUCUCCCGCCGAAGCCGAAAGAAAUCGAGGAACACGCCGAACCAGUAACCGACCAAGAAAAAGCCGAUAAGGCAUGGAUGGAGUAUUUAAAACGCGAUGAUUCUUUGGUAACCGAGCUAUUCGCUGGACAACUCAAAUCGCGUCUCGUUUGUCGAUCGUGUAAUUCCUCUUCUUCUGUUUUCGAAGCGUUCACCUCACUUUCGUUGCCUAUUGGCUUUGAAGACGUCGAUUUGUAUCAAAUUAUCGUGGUUCGACGUGAUGGACGGAUUCCGCGUCGUUAUGGAUUCCGAUUAUCUAGAGAUUCAACCAUCGGAAAAUUGAGAGAUGUUACUGCUGACGCUGCAAAAAUCAGUCGUGAGAACAUUACGAUUCAAUACAUGUCGAAUAAAGGAAAUCUCAUUAACGAAUCGAACAGAGAAUUCCGCAAGAUGAUUCUCAACGAUGAUCAUCUCCUUUGUAACUUCCCAUCUGGUGGCAGAUUUUAUGCUCUCGAGCUUCCUGAACACUCUUCUGAUCAGACCUGGAGAGUUGCACAGCAUCGCAAACUACAGUAUAACCAUGAACCACAUAUUCUUGGUGCAACUGCGGGAUUCGUCGUCUCAAGAUUCGGAUUGCCAAUGAUUGUUAGUGUUGAGAAAGGAAUUACGGGAAAGAAGCUCUACGACGACGUCAUGUUUCAGAUGCGAAGAUUUAUGGAGCAAUCAGCAAAUAUUUCGUCGAGCAGAGCUCAUGAUCCAUGCGAGGGUGACGCCAGCGGAUAUCCGUUCACACUUUGCAUUGUUGAUCAAUAUUAUGAAUGGUGCGGGCAAUGCCCAGCACUUCGAUUCUGUCGAGGCUGCGCGAUUAGACCGGAUGAUAUCGAAGCUUAUAUACCACCAGAAACUCCGAUUGCCGUUGACUGGCUCCCGAUUGCCUUAUAUCUUCGUUACAAUCAUUCUCAAGAACAAGCUUGUGAGGACGAUCCAUCAGUCGCUGAAACUUGGUCUCGUCAUUUUGCGCCGUCUUCUUUGGAGCAUUGCUUAGAGAAAUUUUCGUGUCCGGAAACCCUUGAUGCUGCAAUUGAAUGCGAAACAUGCCGAAAGAAGACGAUGAGAGAUAAGAUAAUGACGAUUUGGAAGCUGCCGAAAUACUUGAUAAUUCAUUUGAAGAGAUUUGAGUACAUUCGUGAACUCGGUCGAAUGGGAAAAUGCAAAAGAACUGUCAAUUUCCCACUGAAACACUUUGACCCUGCACCAUUUGUUGAUCAAGCGGAUGGACAUGUAUACGAGUGUAUUGCUCUUGCAAAUCAUUAUGGACAAUUGUUUGCCGGACAUUUUAUUGCAUAUGCGAAAAGUAAAGAUAAUAAAUGGCUCAUGUUGAACGAUUGUUCGGUUCGGGAAGUCAGCGAGGAAGAAGUUGACAAACAGGGGGCAUAUUUACUGUUCUACGAGCGCCUAGACAAACAAUAA